GUUGAUCAAAUCAAAACUUUAGAUCUUAUAUGAAAAUGACGCGCUUGUUUUUCAUCAUUAAGAGAAAUGAAUUGAAAAACGCUUACAAAUUACGCAACAGCAUUUUCGAAGAUAUCAAAUUCACAAAUGAAAAGGAAUCAGAUAACAGACUUGCAUUUUUAGGUAUUCUAAUCACUAGGACGAAUUCAGGGAAACUGAAGUAUGCUGAAAACCAACGCAUACAGAUCAAAUAUUCAACUUUAAUAGCAACAACCCAACAGCACACAAAAUUAGUUGUACAAAAGCAUCUUUCAAAAGAGCAAAAACAGAUUGUGGUACAUCAACUCUGUGGAUAAAACAAGAAAACUAUUUAAUAACUGUUUUCCAGAAGAACAGCUACCUACAUAACUCCACCAAAAGGUGUUUACAUAAUUCGUCAUCAAUCAAGAAGUCAAUGUCGAAAACUGACAAAUGAAUUGCCCUACCCUUGUAUGAAGGACGUCUCGAAUAUCGCGAUUAGAUUAUUGAAGCCUUUUGGGGUCACUGUAUCUCACAACACUACAAAAAAU